CAGUAGUGAACCUGGCAAAAUGUCGGCGUCCAGAGCUAAAGCGGAAAGUUUCCCUGGAGACGGGAGCAAUGCGACUGAUGAUGAAUAUGAGGAGGAGGUAGAUAUUCCGUUAUGGCACCUGAUAGUGUGCUAUGGUUAACAUUGCCAUGUUAGCUCUGUAAUAGGGAAUUACUGGACUUCCUGUACACAUGGUCCAUUUCUCCUGGAGAUCACAUGGUCAGAUUGCUCUGUGUACUCCUCUCAUUCCUGUUUACCCUUUUCUCCAUGCCAACUAAAGAAUUCUCAUUACCAUUAAAUGGAAUAAAUCAACUUAUAGAGACAGAGGGCACUCCAGGCUAGAUUCAAUUAAUUAUUUAUAAUGUCAUUUUAUAAGUAGAGGAUUAACAGAAACAUUGAAUUUAAAUAGGGGCAUUUUAAUGUGCUGCAUUUUUCUGGAAAACGCUGGUAUUUGCAGAUUCUGCGGCACACUGUAUUCAGAAAAGGGAGUUUUUGUUAAACUGCUUCAGAGCAACUUUAAAAAAAUCGGCAAACAAAUAGUAUUAUUUAUGUUUUUUUGUUUUUUUUUCACUAGGUGUUUUUACACGUGUUUUGUAAUUUGGUGUGCGUGUGUAAAUUUACUAAAUCUGGAACUCAUCAUUUUAAAGGAACAUUUUCAUGCUACGGAAUCUGAUGGCGCUAUAUAAAUAAUAAUAAAAUAAUAAUAAAUGUUAGGAAUACAGCUUUGUAUUCCGAACACUAAUUGUUCCUCCAUCCCCGUCCCGCACAGACUUAAAGGGUUAACUAUCGCUAAUUCACUCCGCUUACUCCAGUGCAGAGGUCCCUUGCCGUUUGCAUCUUCUUCGCCUCUUAUGUCAGGAGCAUUGAGUCAGUGCUUUUCCUAUGGGGGAUUUUGAGAUGCUGCAUGUCCUCAUUCAGAGCGGGAGGACGUCCAGAGUUAAACAAUUUGGAACAGCAGAAAGCGCCUCUAUUGGCUGCCUGGUUGACAGCCACUAGAGGCAGUCUUGGCCCUCUAAUUUCUCUAAAACUGCAAUGUUAUUAGCUGCGGGCUAAAGGGACAGGGAUACUGCAUCCACACAAAGUGGCCUGGGUGCCUAUAGUGUCCCUUUAAGUAUUGUUUUACAUUAUGUCAUGAAAAAGUGAAAGACAGGCAAAAUUUGAAUCACAGUUUUUCACAGAAAAUGAAAGGUCAGAAUUUAACAAAGGUAGACCAAUUUUUUUUUUUUUUUAUCAAAUAGGAAAAUUGUUUAUUAAAUUGGCACUGUCACGCCAUACUUACCUUUUCCUAAUCUCUUCCUCUUUCCUACUCCCUUUUUAUUUUAUUUUUAUUUUUCAUCUAACUAAAAACAUAAGACAAUGUAGGGUAUUUCUCCCAGAAUACUUCCCUUUCCAAGCUGACUUUCCUCCGAGGUGUGAAGUUGGCAUGUACAGGAAUUUGACCGUGGGGAGUAAGUGUGGGCAGAUGAAGGCAAUACGGUAAUCAGCAUUUCCAGGAACGCUAAUAUGGCUGUGCUGGAAAAAAAGAUCCAGACAAGACAUGAGGCAGUAAAAAAAAGAUGAAAUGGGGGACUUAGCGGCAUUUUGAUGUGGUUGGGGACACAAUAAUGUGUAGAGGAGUGAGGAGAGGCGUAAAAACAAAAAAAAGAUACAGCCAUGACAGUAGAGCUAUACUGAGACAAAAAAAAAUGAUGGGAGGAUUCUUUUUUAGGUACUAUAUAAGGAAGGUUUAAUUUCAUAUGGGUUAAGAAUGGAAAAGACCCCAGCUAAUGAGAUUGAAAAUUUAACUUUUAUGAAACAAUGGCAUACACCUUGGAAACAUGCUCCAUUACACUUAUGAUUAUUAUUGUGGCUUUUGAAAGAGAAAAUAAAAAUCUGGCAGGAUUGUCAGCCACAGCCUAUUAGCACCAUAACUACUCCAGCAAGAAGUAGUGAUUAUGAUGUGUAAUGCCUCUUUAUUGAGUAUCUUAAUGUUUUUAAAAUUUUCCCCCAUGUUAUUUUAGGAACAACUUGUUUUGGUGGAAUUGACAGGAAUAAUUGAUUCAGAUAUAUUGGAAAAAUGUGGCAACAAAUGCAAAAUUCUGGUGAGUAAUUCAUAUUUCAUAGAUACAUAGGCCAAAAAAGCCUGACUGCUACUUCUGCUGAUGAUCCAAAAUAAUGCAAAAAUCCCAGUUUUAACUGCUUGCCAAUCUUGGCUUAUGGUGCAGCAUUCUGCAAAAAAAAUAUUUAUUUUUCUGUGCAAAAACUAUAAAGAAUACAGCACAUUAAAGGGACACUGUAGGCACCCAGACCACUUCAGCUCAUUGAAGUUGUCUGGGAUCUGUGAACCUUUUGCACUUAGUGCUGCAAUGUAAAACAUGGCAGUUCCAGAGAAACUGCAAUGUUUACAUUGCAGCUCUAAGUCUGCCCCCAGUAGCUGUGUGCCAGACAGCCACUGGGAGCGAUUCUGGAAUCCUAACAGACUUUUGGUUCGUUAUCUGACCCUCGACGUCCUCAUGGACCUCCAGUGUCAGAUUUUCCCCAAAUGAAAGCAUUGAAUAAUGCUUUCCUAUGAGGAGUUCUAAUGCGCGCGCGGCCAUUGCCGCUCAUGCGCAUUAGGUCUCCCGUGCCAGUUGAUGGAGGGGGAGGAGCAUGGGCGGAGCUUGACCCAGCACCGAGGGACAUCGGCGCUGGAUUCAGGUAAGUGCUUCAGCCCCAAGGGAGGGAGCGACGAUGUCCCACAUCGCUGCUUCUUCCUCCGCCGCUGCCGCUCCUCCUAGUGAUGCCGCGCAUGCGCAUUAGCGCUCCCCAUAGGAAAGCAUUGAAAAUGCAUUUCAAUGCUUUCCUAUGGGGAAAUGAGUGUCGCUGGAGGUCCUCACACAGCGUGAAGACAUCCAGCAACGCUCUAGCACAGGUUUCCUGUGCUAGGGACACGGAAGUGCCCUCUAGUGGCUGUCUACAAGACAAGACAGCCAUUAGAGGUGGAGUUAACCCUGCAAGGUAAUUAUAUUUAAAAAAAAAAAAAAAAACUGAAAUAAUUACAGUUGCAGGGUUAAGAGUAGUGGGAGUUGGCACCCAGACCACUCCAAUGGGCAGAAGUGGUCUGGGUGCCUGGAGUGUCCCUUUAAACCAGUUAAGGACUGUGCCUCUUAGACCACAUGUGUUAUGCAAGUAAUUUACAACUUUUAAACUAUUUUUUCUCAAGAUGUGCAUUAUAUGCAUAUUUACCAUUUUAAUUUACAUUUUUAUUCCUUUUUGUAUUUUUGUUUCCAUGUUCUGUAAUGAGUCCUUUAAUAUUGUAUUAUUAUUUUUUUAUUUUUUUUAUGUGCAGGGUAUUAACACAGAAAAUCCGUUCCUCCAAUUGGAUAAGUACGUGUUUGCUGGCGAGUAUGAAGGUAGUAAGACAUUCCAUGUACCACAAGUUCCUGAAUUGAUACAUGAAUAUAUUUGCACCAGCAUUUUCCAUAAAUAACAGAAAGUACAGGAAAUCUAUAGUUUGUAAUUGUUUGCAAUGUCUGACAGUGCCAUGGUAUGAUAUCGCCCCCUUGUGUCCACAUUUAAACUAAUGAAAUAUGUACUGUCUAGGGAAAUUUGUUUGCAGGGCUUCUGGAGCGAUUUUCACACAAAUCUUACUGCAGUAGAAAGAUUGUGUUGAAAAUAGUAGGAAUCCACUGUGCUCAGUGCAAUUCAGUUCAUAUCAUAGUGAAAAAAAUGAACCUUUAUGGAAUUUUAUCAGCCAAAGUCAGAUAAUCUAGCCAAGUUAAAGUAAAUGGACUUCUGUGGUCUUAUAACUGUGCAGUGACCCAGUAGGUCCAUGUUGCUCUCCCAUACACUGAAAUAUGGCCUUUGUUAAAUUUAAAGACACAUUAAAACUGAAUACCAGGGACUGAUUUUCAAAAACUGAAUAUCUUCUAGGCAACUAGUGUUUGAAAUGUAAUUGUUUCGCUGACUUUGUAACAAACAUGCAGGCUGCCAUACAGAUUUUGACACAAGAUUGGACUUAUUAGACUUCAUGAGUCUCUUGCCGUGUUCUGAUCCUAGGCACUUGAAACGUAGGAGUUAUGUCAAAAUAUCAUCUGUCGCCAAUCUUUGAAAUACAAUAUAUUUAAAUCAGACUUUGAUAGUCUUAGUACAACCUAUAUCCAGUAUUUAUUUGUUUAAAAACUGCUGUAGAAAAGAGGGGCCUCUGUGAACCUUGUUUAUAUAUUUAUAUAUGAAGGCUAUAAGUAUAUCUGAAUUUCUACAUAAUCUGCAUGAGUAGAGCUCAGAUAAUGCAUAGAUUGCAAUACAUUCAGUGUUGUCAAUUUAACAGGCCCAAUUUUAUGGCUGAACUUAUAGGAAACUGUUUUAGAGUUCGGUUAAGAAAUAAAAUAUAUUCUUUGUAUGAAUGGAAAUUGUACAAAGGCUAACUAAUUAGAACAUUAUAGUUUUUGUUUAUAAAGUCAUAAGCAAGUUAUCAGAUGAUCCUCUUCCAUUUACCCCAGCUGCACGGCUCCUACACUACACCUCGCAGACAGUCGCCCUAUAAAAGAACUUGGUAAUUGUACAUUUUAAAGGAACAAUUUUUUUUUAUUUUUUUUAAAUGAAUGGGAAGCUAGUGAUUGGCUUAGUGUCUGCUGAUCAGUCAAUCAAUGGCUGCGCUUCGCGCUUACUGAAACUCUGGUUCAGAAACUGGAUGUCACUGGGGGAACCUAGGGAUAUGGUGCUGGAGGCAGCCUUAGGGGUUUAAAUCGUUCUCGGUUUAACCCCUUAAGGUUAUGUGAGCACCUGUGGGCCUCCUGGAACCAUAACAACUUAAUUCAGGUGAUGUUGUUAUGGUGACCAGAGUAUUCCUUAUAGAUGCUAACACUACAAUAUUUUUUACUUGGCCUAGCGAGGUUUUUACAUACUUGUCUUUGUGGAUUACAAUAGUGGAGGGAAAUAGACCAUUUUUAUUUUAUUUAUAAAAUAUUUUACCAGGAAAAUAAGCAUACCCGCUGUUUCUGGCAGAAACAGAAUGCUAUACUAAGCAAUAGUUUUAUUGUUUGGAUCGUAUAUCCUUCCCUGAGUUGUGUGAGUUGUGGGAAUUACUUGUUUAAUUCUAUGACAGCCCAAGGAGCUAGAGUCAUGACUUAUUAGAAUGCUCAGUCUUUGCAUAUACCACAGAAACUGUAUUGAUUGAGCAGCACAUGCAAUCAGUCUUCCACCUCGUGCUCCUGUAUCUUUUCUCCAAAUCUUCCCACUUUUUCUACUUUUUUUUCUUCAACUGUUUCCCCUCUUCCGAUUUCUUUCUUUUCUUCCUUCCAUGACUAUAUUAAUUUGUGUUUUAGAGAAUAUGCCUACAGCUAGAGUCCAGAGGGCUGGAACAUAUUAAGACACCUAACCCUUGUUUAUGACUCUCACAGCAAAGCCAAUUAUCUUAUGUACAGAAUAUUCCGUCUGUUAAUUGACCUUGUGAUAUGUGACUCAUCUACUUAAAUGCAUGUUGAAGAUGCUUUUGGUGAUGUUUUGUGUAUCACUUUUUUUUUUUUAUAUAUAUAUUUUUCUAUUGUUGCUUAACAAUGCAUGUCCUCUUCUGUUUGUUUCUUUAUUUAAAGAGGAUCUAAAACGAAAACAUUGCUAGUUAGUUUUUAACAUAAAGAGCAUUUUUCAUGAACGUUUGCAUUGCUAGAAAUUCAAAAAUGUUUUUAAAUUUUAUAAUAAAUCUAAAUUAAAUUUGUAAAUAUAUAAAGUUAUUUAUGAUUAAACCUGUAAAAAUUCACUGGCCAAAUUAGAAAAGUGAGCUAUAAUACUUUUAGUAAUGCUGAAGUGCUCUGUGUGAAGAGUGUGUGUGGUUUUUUUUGUUGUUGUUUUUUUUGUUUGUUUUUUGUAAAUUAACCUUGUUACACCCCUGGCUGUCAAUUGGUCCUGUUACUUCUUGGUUGCUUACUCGGCGGAGAGUGUCCCUUGAGAUAUUAAAUUUACUUUGAAUUCCUGAUAAGUUUCAUUUCCGCAAAUAACCCUGCAAGCAUAAAGCAUGUAUGAAAACAAGUGCUUUAUAUAUGAUGACAAAUAAUUUUGCUACCUUUAUUUUCACAUUUGCUACUCUUCUUACAGUGCAGAUACCACGAAGAAUAAAAAAUGUUAGAUAACUGUAGUGCAAUAAAGUAAACCACAUAAAAGCACAGUUUUGUGUCUAAUAUUCAAAUUUGCCACAAAAUAAUUAGAAAUGUUAUUCAGUUAUUUAUAUUGUUUCAGCUGACACACAGCAAUGUAUUUCUCAUGGGAAUCUUUAAACACAAGUGCAGACACUAAUUGUGUCACUAUUUCACCAUUUUCCACGAUGCACAGUAAGCUCUACCACAUUGGACAAUACAGCCCCAAUUGCUUGUGUAUGUGCGAAGAGAGAGGAACAUGCCUACACAUGUGGUAGAAUUGCCCAAGGGUGACAGGGUUCUCUUGUGAGCUGCAGACACCAAUGUUCACUGCUAUUGCACAGUCUCGGCUUAAACCUGAGGUCCCACCGAUGGCACAGGCUAUUUCCAAAAUAAUAGACACGUCCCUCUUGAACAAGUUAACAGCCCAGUUUAGAAACCCUUUAUCGACAUUCCACAUUGUUUAGGCUAUAUGGAAGAAAGUUGGUGAGCAAUAGAGCAGAAAGAUAAAUUUACCUGUCCUCUGCCUCUCGAUCCCCGGGACUUAGGGGACUUAGUUUUUGUUUUGUUUUAUUUGUUCAUAAUUGUACAUGUCAAUCACACGGUAGUAAGCAUCUCUAAUUAAGGAUCUUAUCAUUAAAAUGUAUUUUAUACUUAUGUAGUUUACAUGCAUUAGUUCAUUACAUUAUAACAAUUUUCUUGCUGCACAAAGGUAUGAUGGGAUAGGAGGUGAUUCUUUUUAUGUUAUUUAAAGGAACACUAUAGUGUUAGGAAUACAAAACUGUAUUCUUGGCACUAUAGUGUCCCUCUGCCAUCUCCUCCCACCACCGCUGGCAAAUAAAGGGUUAAAAAAACAACCAAUUCCAGUGCCGAGGUCCUCAGUCAGCCGAUGGACGGGACUCAAUGCUUUUCUAUGGGAGAUUUGAAGACUAUGUACAGCAUGAGGAUGUCCAGCAUUGAAACUGCGGGAGGUGCCUCUAGUGGCUGUCUGGUAGAAAAACCACUAGAGAUGGACUUAAUCCUGCAAUGUAAACAUUGCAGUUUCACUGAAAUUGCAAUGUUUGCCGGUGCAGGGCUAAAAUGACAGGGACAGUGCACCCAGAUCACUUCUAUGAGAUGACGUUGUCUGGGUAACUAUAGAAAAACAUGAAUAUAUAUAUAUACACCACAGUAUAUGCUCAGGCAAUUUUUGUUAUACUCAUCACAUCUAUGAAGGUACCUAUGAAUUCUUUAAAUUAAUAUGAAGACAUUUUAUGUCUUCCAUAUACAUUUUAAUUUUGUUAAACCAUGUUAACUAUUUUUUAUAUAAAAUGUAAAAAUCUGCAGGCUUUAAGAGAAUAAUGUGCCGGCAAUCAAUUUUGCGAUUAUGCUUGCACUUUAAAUAAAAAAUUCUUAAACUAUUGCACCACAAAAACAUGUUUUAUAGUGUCUAAAAUGUAAUAAUGCACAGCCAUACUUUUUGUGAAUACCUAUAAUGUAAAUGGUUUUUUUUUUCUUUGUUUUCCCCAUCACUAUUUUUCCAGAUACUCUCGGUACUUGUGUGAUCUUUGAAGAAGUUUUAGAACAGGGCAAGGCAUGUUACAAAAAGGACAAAGGUAAAAUGCAGCAAUUUUCCUAGACUAUUUUAAGAUGCCAUCUCACCAAUGCAGUCUGUGAUUAAUAGCCCUAGAAACCCUCCAGUGCCAACAAAGAACUUUGUUUCUGGCAAUCACCAACACAUAAUACCUCUGCUACUAUUUGUUAAAACUGAGAAGUUUACUCUCUGAACAUUAAAUUGGAGUGGAUGAAAUGCUAAUUGGAACCUUUUGGGCUACACUAUGACAACAGCAGAUUUGGGUGACUUUCCAUAUGCAUAGUUACAUAGGCUGAAAAGAGACGUGUGUCCAUCAAGUACAGUCUUUCUCACAACAGUUUUUUUGCUGUUGAUGUAAAAGAAUUAAAAAAAAAAACCAAAAAAAACCCCAGUUUGAAGCACUUCCAAUUUUGCAACACUUGGUAAAAUUCCUUCUUGAACUCAGAAUGACAUUCAGAUUUAUCAUGGGACCAAGAAGCUCUUACCACACAAUUUAAAAAGUAUAUCCUUUAAUAUUAAGUUUUUGCAAGUAUGCUUCAAGUUGCUGUUUAAACAUCUGUACUGACUCUGAUAAUACCACUUUUUCAGGCAGAGAAUUUCACAUUUGUAUUGUUCUUACUGCAAAAACAACUUUCCUUUGCCUUAGAUUAAGUCUCUUUUCUUCCAGCCUAAAUGCGUGACUUUGUGUCCUAUGUAGCCCUGUUUUUGAAUAGAAAUCCAGAUAAUUGUUUGUAUUGGCCUCAGAUAGAUCUGUAUAAUGUUAUCAUAUCACCUUUGAGGCUCUGUUUUUCUAAACUAAAGAGGUUUAAAUUUGUUUACCUUUCUUCAUAGUUAUGUUCCAUUCCUUUUAUUAAUUUUGUAGCUUGUCUCUGCACUUUUUCUAGUUCCAUUAUACCCUUCUUUAGAACAGGUGCCCCAAAUUGCACAGCAUAUUCAAGAUGUUGUCUUACCAGUGAUUUAUAAAGAGGCAAAAUUAUAUUUUCAUCCCGAAAAUGAAUGCCCCUUUUCAUGCAUGACAAUACCUUAGUGGCCUUAGCCACUGCUGAUUGACAUUGCCUAGUUUGUUGUCUAUACAAAUUCCCAAAUCCCUGUUGUGUAUUGUUCUCCCUAAUCCACUACCAUUUAGGGUAUAAGUUGCUUUUGCAUUCUUUACCCUGAAGUGCAUAAAUUUGCAAUUUUCUACAUUAAAUUUUAUCUGUCAUUUGAGUACCCAGUCCACAAAUCCAUCUAAAUAUCUCUGCAGCCAAGCAUUAUCUUGCCCUCAUUGUAUCACUUUACAGAGUUUUGUAUCAUCCGCAAACACUGAAACUUAACUUUCAAUGCUUAUUUCAAGAUCAUUUCUAAGUAUGUUAAAUAGAAGCGGUCCAGAAGAGAACCCUGAGGGACACCAGUUACCGCUUUUGUCCAGCUUAAAAAUUUAACAUUAAUGACCACUCUCUGUAUUCUAUUUUUAAGCCAAUGUUCUACCCAAGAACAUGAAUUUUCAUCUAGGCCAAUUUAUUUGUUUGAAUACUAGCCUUUUGUGUGGAACCUGAUCAAAUGCCUUGACAAUAUCCAAGUAGAUCAAAUCCACUGCAACACACUGAUCUAUACUUCUACUUACUUCUUCGUCGAAUGCAAUUCAUUUAAUUUGACAUGACCUAUGUUUCGUAAAACAAUGCUAGUUUUUGCUGAUGGCAAUGUUCUUAUUAAUGAAUAUUGUGACAAACACUCCUUCUCAUGAACGUUUGCCACGAACUCCUGGAAGAGUGUGCAAGCUGGCCUCCUGCCCACAGACUAUGGGCCAGAUUGAAAACCCCAUUUGGGAGUUACCCUGCCCAGCCACCAUUAGCAGCUUUUCCUCCGUGCCCCCUGUUUCGGCACUUUCCCUUCAUUCAAAUGGAACCGAACGCUAGCUCCCAGGCAGCCGUUCGCAUGAACCAAACCCAUGAAUGGUCCUCAUUGGUAUUUAGCCGUGACUGCAAUAGAAAUAAUUUCGGUAUGAGGACUUUGUGGUUCCCGGUAACCUCAUCGGUAUUUAGCCGCGAAUCUUAUGGAACUGUUUUUGCACAAGGUGACCUUGCAUUUCCUGGACAACUUGGUCUGGGGUUUUGAACCACUUUGUGACCCACCAGGAGAGCGCUUUUUGGGGGGAAGGUGCCUGAGACUAAGGGGAACAAACGCUACCUCAGAGCCAGGCAGAGCAACCCAUAUUGCGGCCGCAGGAGCUUCCGGAAGUUGACCGGCCAAUGCAACAAAUGCCCUGGAACUAUUUUGGGCAUGGGACCACGUGUGCGGCCAGUCAGAACUUUGACACGGUGGCCUUUCUGCUACUCUGCAUGGAUCUGAGCACUAUUUGGACCACUUGGGCGCUCCGUUACAAAUAUUAUCCCUCAGUAACUUUCCCAGUCACAGAAGUUAUGUUUACAUGUCUAUAAUUUCCAAGCAUGGAUUUUGAACCCUUUUUUAAUAUAGGAACCACAUCUGUCUUAAUCAAUCUUCCAGUACAAUUACUGAAAGAAAAGAAUCUUGAAAUAAUAAAAACAGAGCUUCACUUAUUUAUACACUUAGUUCCUUAAGUACUCAUAGGUGAAUACUGUCAGACCCUGGAGCUUUGUUUAUAGUAACUUUUUUUUUGUUGCUGCAGCAACUAAAUAUACCAAGUUCCAAAGCCAUUCCUGAACAAGAACUAGUAAUACAUUGCAUCACUUUAACCCCUUCGUGACGGAGUCUGUAUUUGAUACAGAGCUGUCCUUCACAACGGGCUCCAUACCACAAAUGGACUAGAUUUAAAUGCCAUUAAUAUUUUACUGUGAUCAUGACAGUAUUGCUAUUGCUGAAUGCUUCACUAGUGGGGCAUCACAGAAAUAGCUGCAAUAGAGGUCCCUCAAGAAAGGUGAUCACCACGAUUAUCAUGACUAUCAUCAUCCGCUUCCCAAGGGACCUCCAUUACAAAUUGUACAUACUGCAGUGUCAGUGAUAAGGGCAUGUAAAUGCUAUUACUAGACCGUCUCAGUCCUUAGGCUACCUAGUAAGACCUUCAAGAAUCUGUCACAACGGUUCCUUAUAGGAUUGACAGCUGAUCCUUGGCUGUUGCAGUACUUGCUGGUAUCAGCUGUGAAUUGCCUUCUGCUGGCCUUCCUCACAAUUUUGACAGCCUAGCAGUCGUCACUGUUUGGCCCCUUGGCUGACAUCACCCUGGAAGCCAGUGACCAUAAGAUAAUUAGUAUGAAUGGUUUCUUGAAUAUCGAUGCUAUAGUGUUCCUUUAAUUAUAGAACAUGUCCGUAACAUUCAGGACAUGUCUGAGUAAAGUUACAUACAUUAUCCGUGUCUAAUAUGUUAAUUUUUGGUUUCAUAUAUUGUUUAUAAAUAUAUAUAUUGUUUAUAUAUUAUAAAUGUUUUAUAUAUUGAAAUAUUUCCUUAUAGGUGUAUGAAAGAAAACUUAAUAUUAAUUACCAGAUGUACAGAACAUGUUAAAUGAAUGCCCUGUAUUUUUGUGUCUCCUGCAUUAGGUUUGAUUGCUCAACAUGUUAAUUGUUAUGUGUUGCCUCUGAAAGUGCUCGCGCCAUUUCAGCGCCACUGUGCUGCUUCUUGAGCCAACUCAUCCAUUGAAAGAUAAAUAUGCUUGUAAUGUUUUUAUCCUGGCAGUUUCUCAAGGGUGUGCAACAUUAUUUUUGCAACUGCUAGGUAAUCCUAAUUACUGGUUGUAAAUAUAAUUUCAUUAUUCUAAUUAAGGAUAAAUUCUAACCUGAUAUAUUGUUCCCCGGCUAUGUAUAGUAUGUUGCUGUCAAAUUUAGAUAUUCUGCUUUUUGUUUCCAGUGGCAUAGCUUUAGAAUGCUCAUGUGUUGUUUACACGUUCUUAAUGGCAUAUUCUAUAUAUUCUUGAAUUUACAGGAGAUGGGGAGAACCCAAAACCACAGCUUAAAUAUAAGUGCCAUACAGCAAAGAAACUAAAUAUGACCAGGACUUUUUUGACAGAAAAAAAAGAAUGUGACGAGGAUGGUCAGUAUCUAUCUGUUUGUCUAUCUGUCUACAUCAUUAUAUCACCUUUGCUAUGACUGCUUUACCUCCUGAGGGUUGUGCAUUAAAUUAUAUUGAGAAAAUAAAUGCAAAAUAUGUUUCUCUUUUCAGACAAUAGUCUGUAGUUUUUCAGCUGAUCUUUAAUUUAUACGUAAAGGACAGUUACUAAAUGUUUGUGUAUACAUAACCUAUAUGUUCAGUAAUGCCUAGAAGUGACUAAAAUGUUGCUCACUUACAAAAAAAAAAAAAAAAAACCACAAUUAGCUUUAUCGCUGCAGUUACUUCUGUUCACUUGAGCGAGCUAGAUGCAGCUUGCACGUGCAGUGCACAUGUGUUUGCAGCAUUCAUUCACUCGAGGAAACCACUGCUAAAGUGUUUAAAGGAGAACCCCAUGCACAUAGCCACUUCAUGUCAAUGGCAUGGUUAUGGUGCCUGGAGUCACUUGUGCACCUUUUUUCCUUUAGGCAUUAAACUGUUUUUAAAUGGUUUAACAGCGAAUUGAAUACCCCAGGCGCUAGUCCAACUUCCUCUCUGCAACUGCAGAAGCAUGUGCUUAAGCAGCAGUGAUAGUCUAAAGGUGUUGGCUGAGGCUCUCAGCCUGUUACUGGUCGCCCACAGCAAGUAGUACUUCAGACAUGUACGUACGAUUUUUGGAUCAUUUCUCACUAUGGCGGUCAGUUGUGGAAGGGGGAAAUCUCUGAACACAGAGGGUGAGAGCAACGAAACAGUAUAGAAAAGACCUGGGUACUAUGAGGGACAUGAAGUUAAUGUUCAAGUAAAGAGACCAGAACUACUGCGGUUGUCAAAGUGAGAUCCCUAAAGGCGAGUUAAGUAAAUGAUCUUCAUAAUCAAAAUGCUUGGAAGUGACUUCUUUAGACAAACUUUAUUUGAGCAGGACCUCAUCAACGAUUGUUCCCAUAUGUAGUCAUAAAUUAGUUGAAUGCUGUGUUCCGAAUGUUCAGUGGUGAUGUUUUUGCAAAUUAAAUUCCUCAUACCUAGAUUCUGAACACUGCUCAAUGGUAAUCUGUUGUCAGUUUUAAUAUUUCCUUUAUUUUACUUUCAGGAGGUAAAGUAGAAUGGUUUCAGAUUAAAGAUGACAAUGACUCCACAAUGCCCAACAUGAUAUGCAGCUUUGUCCAGGAAAGUGAGGUUGAGGAUGCAGAGAAUGGAUCUCUCAGUGAGGAAGAGACAGUGCAGCUUAAUACUUCCACUGAGGAUUCUGGGAAUUUAAAUCAAAGCUUUGACACGGAGAAGCAGGACAUUGAGAUGGAUGAGCCUACACAAUGCCAACAAGAUGAGCAGGAAACUAAACAGACAUUUGAACAUAGCUUACCUGGAGAUCAGGCAGACAAAACUUCAUGACUUUUAUCAUCUUUACAUUAAAAAGAAAAGGUAAAUGGCUAAUAUGAUUAACUGUUACACACUCCACAGCCUCUGCUUAGAGAAAGAGACUUGCUGGAGAACUCCAUUGUUAUAUCUUGUCGUUGAAUCUUAAAUGUUAAUUGUGUAAUAGGCCACCAUUUGCAGGCAUGUGAUAAGUGCCAUUAAAGGGGUAAAAAUGGAAUAUAAAUUAGUAGUUAUUCAAGCUCUUAUUUUGUUAUAAUUUUUUUUUUUUACUUUGAAGUACACUUUAUUAUUCUCCAGUCUGCCUUCUAAAAGUGGCAUGGUCCCUUCUGAGUUUUACAUAAAGACAACUGUUUCUUAAAUUCCAAAACAAUCAGAAGAUUUUAAGUCACAGUAGGGGCUACUUUGUUUGGUGGACAAGGUGUGUAAAAUGUGUCACAGAGCUUCAAGCUAUUUCAGACACAACAUCUUGACAUAUAUCAUCACCUGUAUUUCAUCCACGGGGCUUCGUAGAUGGCAAGUAAUGCUGAAACAGUUUCAAUGAAAUUCAUGCUGGGCACCUGACCUGGGUACCUGAAAGCCAAUGAGGUAGUUCAGUUGGUAAAUUCCCUGACUACAAAGCUUGUUCAAAAAUGCAAGGUCAGAGCCCUUCAUCCUUUCCAGUUCGAUAAAAUGAGUAUCAUCAAUUGGGUAACCAUAACCUCUAUUACUAUUCAGAUUUGGUUAAUUCCAAGAGCGUGCGCUGAAAAGCGUUUUCCCACUGGGAGUAAGGCGCUAUAUAAAUACAAGUUGUUAUUAUUAUUAUUAUUAUUAUUAUUAUUAUUAUUAUUAUUAUUAUUAUUAAUAAAUAUAUAUAUAUAUAUAUAUAUAUUUUUUUUUAAUUCUUUAUUUUUGUAGUGCAUAAAAAAUGUAACAGUCGCGUGUGAGGUACCCCAAAGGCAAUCCUCCAGCGUUUCAAAUUUAUAUAUUACAUUGGGGUAGUUGAGAAACAUUUUUGGUUAAGGAAAAGGUUAAUACAAUACGUUGCAUACAAGUUUGGUCAAUUAUGUCCUGUCGAUUAGGUCUGCAAACUUUUAACAACAACAGUGAGGAGUGCGUUAGAUCAUGCUUAACCUGUCCUGUCGAUUAGGUCGGCAGAAUUUUAACAUCAACUGUGAGGCUUUAAUGCAAACAAGCUGAACUAGUAGUGCGUUAGAUCAUGCUUUUUUGUCACAGUGCUUAUGAGACAGGGUUAUCAGCUUAACGUUUGUGUUGUAGGUCGCACGUAUAGUAUUAUGGCAAGUUAAUUAAGACAUUCCCAGUGGGUUGCAGGUCGCUGAUAGCGCAUCACACAAGGUAGCCAGCCCAAGGUCUAAGUACCCUUAUUUAAUAAGGUGGCUUGUGUCUCGCGGGCAAGUUAAACCUCGAGGUAGGGGAGGUAGUGGUAUGUAUGGGGUUGGUAAGAGAGCCCCACCAUAUAUCGCUUGGGACCCUUUAAGCUAGGCAAUAACUUUAUGCACACAUACUUUGAAAUGUCCUGCUACUUUAGAAUGUCAGGUUACGUUAGUUAUAAGUCCUGCUUGUUGCCUCGAUUGACGGGUUGAGGCAGACGGGGAAGAGUAUUCUCCCGUGGAGCCUAACAUCAGGGAGCUCUGUUGUUGCUUUCAGCCCAUGCCACACUUCGCCAUGAUAGAGCAGUCCUUUAAUUCUGGGUACUCCACUGAUGAGAUAAUGGCAGUGCGUUGGAGUAGCUGCCCGGCUGUCUGUAUGCUUUACUACGUCUUCCGUCGUGGUGUAAAGUGCGGUAUGGAUGGCUCUCCGUGUGGGAAAUCGGUUCUUCGGCACGUCUGAGGUGGAUGUGCUUGCUUGUGUGCCGUCCCUGGCGAUGCGGGUACUGGCUUGUAGUGCCCCAUUAUCUUUUGCUUGUUUCAGACCCGCCGUGGAGCUGGGGUCGGAGCCCUGGAGCACAUCCCAGAGGGUUUGUAUCUUGUCGAGGUGCUUUGCUAUGAGUUUACCUCUGGGUGUAGUGGGUGACGGGCUAGCUUGUGAGUGCUUUGUGUUGGGGGCGCUGGGUUGUUGCAGGCCCUCUCUGUGCUGUCGGCGCGCGUGGCGUCCGACAUCUUAGUUAAGGUGUUGAGGCCGCAGCUCGUGGUGGUGAAGCUGCUAGGUCUUGGGUGGCCUGUUGUUGUCUUGGCCACUGGAUCGGGACCGGGAUCACCCCCCAGGGGGGGGAACCUGCGCCGAUCCGGACCUCCAGUCGGGUGCUGCUGGGCAGGAUUGCGGGGCAGCAGCCAUCCGCUCACCGCCUGAGAAGGCCCCAUCUUGGGGAAUGAAGUCCUCUCCCCCAGGGGACUGUAGCUCUGUGAGCCAGCCUCUCCCUGGGCCCAGUGCCCCUUUUGUUCCAAAGAUCCAUGCUGCCGGUUUUCGCGGAAAAAACGUUUUUUUUUUGUUUUGUUUUUUUUUAGGGUUAAAGAGUGUUAGUUUACAGGAGCUGCUCAUGUUUGCGACCGUCCAGCUCAGCGGACCGGCCCCGCCCCGUUAUUACUAUUAAUACCUAUAUGGCCAUGCCAGGACCUUGAUCCCAGAAGUGAUAAGCAGAUCCAUGUGGCGAAUGCCAAGCUAAUAGUAGUUGUUCCAUAUUGUUCACAGACUGACUUUCCAUUUCAAAGGGUUAUUAUUGAAGUCUUCUGAUAGUUAGUUUCUGCAACAGCAUCUGUUAGAUUACCUGCAACUGCCAGAUUCUAUCUCAAUGUGUGGAUCUGAAUGAUUCAUACGAACAUCUAGAAUUCCAGAUGCUUUGGACAUACUUCUGCAAGAAAGAAUCCAGAUAUAUAAUGUAAUUGUAGAUUAUGCUAACGUAGUGUACCUAUAAUCUUAAUUUUAAUAAUGACAGGAGGCGAGUAUUUUGCAUGACUUUCUUUACUAUUGCCUCCAGCAGCACAAGUCAAUCAUUAAACUUUUAACCAAUCAUAACAAGCAUCAUAGCCAUAUAUAAAGCCCUGACCAUCACAUGACUUCCUCUUUGUUUGGUGUGAGAUUAGUUUUUAUAAUGUCAGGGAAUAAAAACCAAAGUUCGUAAUGAUAUAACAAUUCAAACUUGCUCCAUGGAAGUCCCAACUUCAAUUUAGUCCAACUUCAAAACGGAUAACGAAUAUCGGAAAUGAAACUUGAUCCGUAAGAUCCAAUAUCUGGUGUGUCCCAUCCGGAGCCAAUAACGGCAAUCACACUGAAAAAAACAGAAAUGAGUGUAAGAGUAUGGAAAUAGACUUAUGUCUACAUGAUAUCGGUGAUACUAUAUAUAUCCAUAUUCUAUACAAAUAAUAACCUAUCGUUUAUAUACUAGCAUUAAACCAUAAUAUCAAUAAGUACUCGUCUAUUACUUUAAAACACCCUAUUCAUAUAUAAUAUAGAUAAACUAUACAAAGUAUAAUUGAGCAAGAGAAACGGUGACAUAAGAUAACCCAUAGAAAUGGCAGGGAAAGGAGGGAAAAUACUCGCCUCCUGUCAUUAUUAAAAGUAAGAUUAUAAGUACACUAUGUUAGCAUAAUCUACAAUUUUAUCACAUGACAGGAGGCUUUGUUAUUUAAGGCAAUAACGAGAAAGAUGCGUGUGUGGUCUGACAAAAAUAAAAUAACUGGAAAGUGUCUUCCUGUGUCCAGUCUGCGGAACGUAACAUAUCCGCUAGAGAAGCUCCCGUCGAGAACGCUCGCGAAGCGGCCGCGCCCCGAACUGAGUGAGCCCCGAAACACGUCUCCACUCCUGCUAAGGAUAGGAUCCAACGAACCCAUCGAGCCAGAGUAGUAUUGGUAACCGGCUUGUAGGGUUUGGUGUACGACACCAUCAGUUGUCCACUACUAAAAGCUCGAAGGUUUGCAGUAACCUCUACAUAUCGAGUAAGUGCGGAAACUCCAGAUUCUCCUGUACCACUAGUGGAUGUGGUUCCCCUUUCGGGUCUGUCAGUAGGAAGGGGAACGAUGGAAGAAGUAGGGGAUAGUCUUGUGUUAGAGCCAAUAACUCCGGAAACCACGCCUGACUUUUCCACAAUGGUGUGACGAUAAUUGAGAUCUUGGUCGUUCUGAUGCAAUGGAUUACUCUCGCUAUCAUCGAGAAUGGUGGGAAUGCGUACGCUCCCUUCGGGGCCCACAGUUGUAGAAAGACAUCUACCGCCUCGCAUUGAGGGUCUGGAAGCCAGCUGUAAUAUCUUGGUAACUGUGUGUUCGUCCGAGACGCAAACAGGUCCACGACCAAUGGGCCCCUGAGGUCCCUCACCACUGAAAAUACUGAUGUGUCCAGUUGCCAGUCGCUGCCGUCUCGCCAGUGUCGAGAAAACCAAUCCGCCGUGAGGUUGUUGAUUCCCGGUAAAUAUUCCGCCUUGAUCGUAAUGUUGCGGGGAAUACAGAAUUGAUAGAUGUCCUUCGUCGCCUCUGUCAAGACUCUUGAUCGGGCUCCUCCCAAGCGAUUUAUGUAUUGGACCGCGGAGAUAUUAUCCAUGCGCAGAAGGAUGCAGCAGUUCGCCAUGUCCUUGGCAAGACUGCGAAUCGCAAAUGAUCCCGCAAUCAGUUCCAGACAGUUGAUGUGGAGACCCUGUUCCUCUUGUGACCAUGGACCUCCCGUGGAUGCGUGGGUGCAGUGAGCUCCCCAGCCCCAAAGGCUCGCGUCCGACUCCAAUACAAAGUCCGGGUUUGUCCCGAAGAUGGCCUUGCCGUUCCAGGCUUCCAUGUGAAGUAGCCACCAUCGAAGUUCCGUCCGUGCUUCUGCGGAGACAGGAAUCCAGUGGUCGUACGUGUGUCCGGCUCGUAGGUAUUGAGCUUUCAAUCUCUGCAUGGCCCGGUAGUGGAGCGGGCCUGGGAAAAUCACCUGUAUUGAUGAGGAAAAUAGACCUACUAUCCUCGCUAGUAGUCUGAGAGAUAUGGUGUCUCUCCUGAGUAUGCGUCGAAUUUCCUUCCGAAUGGCCGCUUUCUUCGAUGCGGGGAGACGUAGUACACAAGAGUUGGAGUCUAUCUCGAACCCGAGGAAUUGAACUAUUCGGUAUGGAGUCAACGAUGAUUUUUCUCUGUUCACUACAAACCCCAAUGAUUCAAGAAAGUGAAUGGUAAAUCUCGUCUGAGAUCGAAUUCUGGAGUUGGAGUCGCAGAAAAUCAACAAAUCGUCCAGAUACACGAGACCGCGUAUUCCCCUUUCUCUCAGAUGGGCAAUGACUGGUUGGGGAGUUUCGUAAAAACACCAUGGGGCCUCCUAUUACAGUCCCUAUGGUACUUCUCCUGCAAGGGCUCCCUAGCACAGGGCUUAAUGGGUUCAACCUGUAAUGGAAGGACAUAAAAUAUGCAAAAAACCUGUGCCAGUUCGUGGGAAUCAUGAACUGGCAAGCUAAGAUGGCCGCCGAGAUCUCAUGGGAUCGCGAGAUCCAAGAUGGCCGCUGUUCGCGCGCAAAAUUUGACGCGCAGUCCGCAAUCGCCCCCUGUGCCCUCCCCCCCCCCAGUACCCUGGUACCCUUAAGGCUAACCUGGUGGUCCAGUGCGAUCACGGUAAAAUGCAGCGAAUCGCGAGGGACAAGCAAGCAAAGAGGCAGGCUGAGGGAAACCGUGAAAUCCUGAAGGAGAAAAUACCACAAAGUCCAGGGUGAAAGGAGGAUAGGAUGAGGGAGAGCAGGGGUAAAUACUUGGGACAAAGAAUGACACAAUAAAAGAUAAGGUGUACUGAUAAGAUAAGAACAGUGAGAGCAGAAUACUCUGACCUGUGCCUUGGCUGGAAACGGCAAAGAAAGAGGAAGUCAUGUGACGGUCAGGGAUUUAUAUAUUUUAGCAGGAGUGGAGACGUGUUUCGGGGCUCACUCAGUUCGGGGCACGGCCGCUUCGCGAGCGUUCUCGGCGGGAGCUUCUCUAGCGGAUAUGUUACGUUCCGCAGACUGGACACAGGAAGACACUUUCCAGUUAUUUUAUUUUUGUCAGACCACACACGCAUCUUUCUCGUUAUUGCCUUAAAUAACAAAGCCUCCUGUCAUGUGAUAAAAUUGUAGAUUAUGCUAACAUAGUGUACUUAUAAUCUUACUUUUAAUAAUGACAGGAGGCGAGUAUUUUCCCUCCUUUCCCUGCCAUUUCUAUGGGUUAUCUUAUGUCACCGUUUCUCUUGCUCAAUUAUACUUUGUAUAGUUUAUCUAUAUUAUAUAUGAAUAGGGUGUUUUAAAGUAAUAGACGAGUACUUAUUGAUAUUAUGGUUUAAUGCUAGUAUAUAAACGAUAGGUUAUUAUUUGUAUAGAAUAUGGAUAUAUAUAGUAUCACCGAUAUCAUGUAGACAUAAGUCUAUUUCCAUACUCUUACACUCAUUUCUGUUUUUUUCAGUGUGAUUGCCGUUAUUGGCUCCGGAUGGGACACACCGGAUAUUGGAUCUUACGGAUCAAGUUUCAUUUCCGAUAUUCGUUAUCCGUUUUGAAGUUGGACUAAAUUGAAGUUGGGACUUCCAUGGAGCAAGUUUGAAUUGUUAUAUCAUUACGAACUUUGGUUUUUAUUCCCUGACAUUAUAAAAACUAAUCUCACACCAAACAAAGAGGAAGUCAUGUGAUGGUCAGGGCUUUAUAUAUGGCUAUGAUGCUUGUUAUGAUUGGUUAAAAGUUUAAUGAUUGACUUGUGCUGCUGGAGGCAUGAGUAAAGAAAGUCAUGCAAAAUAGGAAGCCUCCUGUCAUGUGAUAAAAUUAUUAUUAUGAUAUUUAUAGAGCGCCGUCAAAUUCCGCAGCGCUUUACAAUGGGUGGCGAACAGACAUGUAGUUGUAACCAGACAAGUUGGACAGACAGGAACAGAGGGGUUGAGGGCCCUGCUCAAUGAGCUUACAUGCUAGAGGGAGUGGGGUAAAAUGACACAAAAAGGUAAGGAUAGUAUUAGACUAAUGACAGUUGCAGAAGAGGAAUCAGUCAGGAGCUAUUAACAGUUUAAUUGAUAAGCUUUUAUGAAGAAGUGGGUUUUUAACGAUUUUUUGAAGGAGUGGAGACUGGGUGAGCAUCUAACGGAGGAGGGAAGCGAGUUCCACAGGAACGGUGCAGCCCUCGAGAAAUCUUGAAGGCAAGCAUCAGAGGUGGGAGUACGGACAGAAGAUAGACGUAAAUCUUCAGCAGAUCGUAAGGGCCUAUAUGGGACAUACUUGUGUAUAAGGGAGGACAGAUAGAUGGGAGCAGCAUUAUGUAGCGAUUUGGAAGCAAGAACCAGAAUUUUAAAUUGAGCUCUUUAUUUUAUAGGAAGCCAAAAAUUGAAAUAUAAUCUUUUAAUUUAUUAUUUCUUAAAUGUCAUUUGUAUUACAACUAAUUAUAACUUUUGUCUAAUUAUACUUUUUUCAGUCACUGCUUGUGCGCUUUACUUAUAUGAACUAUUUGGACAUAACUGAGAUACCUCUAAAUGUGUGCUUUUUCUAAUGGUGCAAUGCACAUUUAUCAAUACAUGUAUUGUAUGUUAUAACAGUAAUUUUCGGAAAAAUUUAAAAAAAAAAUGCUACAUUAACACUUUUUUGUAUUUUUAAGAUUGAAAGUCAUUUUGUUACUUUAGGAACAUAAAAUAUAACUAUGGACAAUUUGACUUGGCAUAAAAUUAUCACAACUAGCAUAUUAAAAAUAUAGUGUAGCCAAACAAUUUUUUGUAAUAUUGAUUUGUAACAAAGGGAGCAACAAUCUCCUGAACUGCUUACUAGUUUAUGUGGAACAGCCAAAAAGCCUCCACAAAACAAGUUUCAAAACCAAAAGUAACAAUUUUUCAUAUUUCCUCUUCACAGUUUUAAAUAAAAAUAAAAACCCCGUUCUCAUUAAAAUAAUUGAAGAUGGGGGGAAGUGUUAAGAAGACAGUGGGACUGUUUCAAUGGACAUUUAACAUGUCUGCAGAAGAUGGAGGUAUCUGGAGAAGGCGAGAAGCAAUAGGAGUCAGAGGCUGUUGUGCAAAGACCUUGCCACCAUGUUGCAGGAGGAAUAUGUUUGGAAGAAUCCCAGAUUGCAUUCCUGGACCAAAUCCCUGAAGAUGUUCUAUACUUUGCAACAUUUGAAAGUACUUUCCCAACAUCAAGUCCUAAAUGUGAUGCUUGUUUUGUGAUCCAGUCAAAUGCAGUAGCAGUAUCAUCAUCACUUAUGUUUGCUCCUUUGAAUCUUGGAUCCAACAGAUUUGCAGCAGCAUGAAUUGGAUGACAACAAAAUUCUUCCCUUUUUUAAAUAAAAUCUUUCACUUUACUUUCUUCUAUAGUUGUACGUGGAGAUAUACUGAGAUUUUCAAAAACAGUUGUUUUUAUCUUGGUCAUUAGAUAAGGAAUUUCUAACAAAAGUGCACGAUCUGAUUCAGAUGCAGUGAUUGCUGCAGCAAUUGGCAUGAUAAUCUUCAGGGAAUUUUGCAGGUGAACCCAGAAGACAUCCAGAUCAAGAACAGUGAUUCUUGCACUCCUGGGUGUAAGAUCUUCAACUAUUACUGUUUCUUGAAGAGCUUCUUGGUUUUUUAGUAAACUUUCAAAGGAGAUCACCACGCAAUUUACAUGCAUGCAACAUACCCAUGCCUUCGCCUAUGUCUGCUGUCGUGGCACUACAGGCUUGUUUUGUAAACUUUACUGCACCAAAAAUAAAGAAUUAAAGAAAAAAUUUUUUUUUUAUUCAUCAUGUUAAAAUAAAAUAUUCUCUUUAAAUAAAGUAUCUCUUUAACCUUCUGGAUAUCAAAGUGUCCUGGUCUCAAACUAUACAUUUUUUUUUUUUUAGUUACUUACAUGUUCUAAUUAAAUUUUUGCUUUGUUUCUUUCUUUUAUUCACAAUAUAAUUUCUACAGAAUUGAACACAAGACGUGUGACUAUUUAUCCAUAAUGCAUGCAAGACUUUUCGAUAACCAAGGACAACACCAUAGCAGCUCACAAAACUUGCUGUUAAAGGGACACUCCAGUGCCAGGAAAACAAUCAGUUUUCCUGGCACUGCAUGUCCCCUCUCCCUUCCAUCCCCGGUUGCUGAAGGGAUGAAAACCCCUUCAGGUCACUUACCUGAGACCCCGCCAUGUCCCUCGGUGGUGGUUUCUGCUCGCCGCCGCUCCUCCCAGUCAUUACGUCAGCCGGUGGGUGAGACUGAUCCCGCCUGCCGGCUGAGGAGACCUAAUGCAUUAGAGCUCUCCAUAGGAAAGCAUUAAAAAUUCUUUCCUAUGGGGAAUUGAGCGACGCUGGAGGUCCUCACACAGCGUGGCGGUCUACUAGACAGCCACUAGAGGUGGAGUUAACCCUGCAAGGUAAUGAUUGCAGUUUAUAAAAAACUGCAAUAAUUACACUUGCUGGGUUAAGAGUAGUGGGAGUUUGCACCCUGACCACCCCAAUGGGCAGAAGUGGUCUGGGUGCCUGGAGUGUCCCUUUUAAGUAGCAUUGGCUGGAUUGUUUUGGGAACAAAUGCAAAGCAGUAUACAGCGGGUGCAAUUUUACCAGACAACACACUUAUAUUAAUGGACGAAUAACAAAAAUGUGGGAUUGCGGAUAGCUUUUGUUUAUUAUCAUUAUUAUUAUUAUUGCCAUUUAUAUAGCGCCAACAGAUUCCGUAGCGCUUUACAAUAUUAUGAGAGGGGGAUUUAACUAUAAAUAGGACAAUUACAAAAAAAACUUACGGCAACAAUAGGUUGAAGAGGACCCUGCUCAAUCGAGCUUACAUUCUAUAGGAGGUGGGGUGUAAAACACAUUAGGACAGGAAUUUGCAGUCAAAUCAGGUGGGCUGCUCUUUGGGAGAAAGCAAGAGACAGGUAUGUGAGGUAGAGGUUAGUCUAGGAGGCCAUAAGCUUUCCUAAAGAGAUGAGUAUUAAGGCACUUCUUAAAAGAUGCCAGACUAGAGGAGAGUCUGAUGGCAGUAGGCAGGCUAUUCCAUAGGAAGGGAGGCGCCCGCACAGGAGAUGGUCACGGGCUGAGCAAAGAGACCGAGAAGGGACAUACCUAUGGAAAUGUGAGGAGAUAUAAGGGUGGCUAGAGUUGUUCAGUGCUUUAUAGGUGUGCAUUACUACCUUAAAUUGACUCCUAUAGCAAACAGGAAGUCAAUGUAAAGACUGGCAGAGGGGUAAGGUGUGAGAGAAACGACUAGAGAGGAAAAUCAGUCUGGCAGCAGCGUUCAUUUUGGACUGUAGCAGUGCAGUACGGCUUUUGGGAAGACCAAUCAGGAGAGGGUUACAAUAAUACAUGCGGGAAAUUACUAGAGCAUGCACAAGCUCCUUGGUAGCAUCUUGUGUAAGAAAGGGGCGGAUGCGGGCUAUGUUUUUAAGAUGGAAUCUACAGGAUUUGGCAACAUGCUGGAUGUGAGGCCAGAAUCAAGUAUGACGCCAAGACAGCGCGCUUGCAAGGAUGGACCGAUGUGGGUACCACAAACGUGAAGGGAGAGUGAAAGAGUGAAAGAGGAGGAUCGGUAUUAGGAGGAGGAAAGACAAGGAGCUCAGUUUUAGAGAGAUUGAGUUUCAGAAAGCGGGAGGACAUCUAGUCAGAGAUGGAAGAAAGGCAAGCAGUGACACGUUGCAGGACGGCAGGGGAGAGGUCCGGGGAGGAGAGAUAUAACUGGGUGUCAUCAGCAUACAGGUGGUAGUGGAAUCCAAAAGAGGUAAUAAGUGGAAGUGGAAGGUGGAAGUAAUGAAGAUGGUGUUGCCAGGGACAGGUGAGCAAAAGGAUAGGGAUAUUUUAGAAAUGAGAGAAGUGAGUGUUAUAGUGAAAAAUAGAAGUGAGAACAUUAGAGAAAAUGUGUAUUAUAUAGAUAUGUAGUCUCUCUCUCUCUCUCUUCCCCAUCCCCACCCCCCACCACAAAUAUCAAUGAGUAUUUAAACCAUUGUAAGGAUGCAGUAUGUUAACAGAGGAUUUCAGGUGAGGAGAGGUUUAGUGACUUGAUUGGUGUGUUUUGGAAACCAGCUGAUUUGCACGAUCUAUAAGUAAGGUAAUGACCAUGGGGUGGGCAAUCUUCCAGAGAUGAUACCUCUGCUCAGAAGAUUCUGCAGGACUUGGUUGCUUGGGAGUGCUGGGUGUUAAUGCUGUUGUAAGGGGCCCAGUCUAAAAUAUAAGGUCUGAGGUUAGAAAAAAAAAAGAAAUAAAACACAAUAUUAUGGGUGGGAGACAUGGGGCUAUUGAGGCAAUUAAUUAGAGAUGAAAAAACCAGAGGAGAGAACAUCUUUGAUAAAAAGAUAUGAAGGAUCGGAUAGGUGAAAGUCAUAAACCAUGAACAUAAAUUUACAAGAUUAUCAUUGAGAGUAGUAACACUAGCUAAACAAACAAUUAACAUCUCAAACUACUGCAAAUAUUUUCACUUAAAAUAAAAAAAUGUUGUAUUUUUUUUGGGGGGGGGGAGGGGGGAUGGUAUAUAGUUAAAGUUUUAGCUAACAUUCCUGUGAAAAAAGCAACAGCCAGUUGCCAAUUAUUUGUGCACCUCUUUUUAAUUUAUAUCGACUUCCCUAUUGUGAGCUAAAGGUGUUUCUUUGUGAAUGAAUAAAUAUCUUAUUUUUGUAAUUUUUAAUAGUGUUGGUACCUGUGGUGGUUCUUUAUUGUUCAUUAUAUUGUAGUAUGCAUUCCCACCUUGUAUUUCUGAUUGUACUAAUGUUUCAACUAAAACAUUGGGCCUGAAAUUUUCUGAGUUUGAGAUGAUGUUCUGUAUAUUGACAUCAUGAAUAGUAUCCUGACACUCUAUAAAUGGGAAUUUCAUACACUGCAUACUUUAAAUUACCAAGAAAUAUUUUCACUCUUGAUCUUCUUUGGGAAAAUAAAAGUAUAACAAACUAGUUUCCUGCGUACAUUCCUAGGUAGUAAAAAGAAACUCUUCAGCUUAAUUAAAAACCAUAACGCUGCUCUGUCACUUUCAAUGCCAUCCCCACUUGGGGUGCAGAGGCCUGGGUUACAAUGGAAAGUAGAUAUACUUACCUGAAGCAGUCUUCCACAGGUGCUGCCAUUUUCUAUGUUUAACGCCUCGUAUUCGCAAUGACUGGGAGAAUUGACAAAACUUGAUGGCAGCAGUAGUCUCUACUUUUGACUGAGAUGGAACAUCUGGCCGGCCUGUGUUCACCAGGUGGUGGGUACUUGUAUGCGUUCUUAGGCUCUAUCGUAGGUCACACAUAUGGUUACUGGUAAUGAGUAUAGGGGGAUAGCGGAUGUCCCUGACCUUACAGUUCCACCUUACAUAUGCCGGUUGUAUAGUUCUAUCCAUAGUGACCAUGUUGUGCUAACCCUCUGUGCCGUUUUGGUGUCAGGAGCGGCCAUUUUUUCGUAGAUGUAAAAUUGGUGUAUUUUGUCCCGUAGUUGGGUUUUGUUUGGGCAAGUUGUGGAUUUCCAGUGGAGGGCCAGUAGGCUGCGAGCCGCUAGAGUGAUAAUGGCACACAGCUGUUUGUGUGAGUUUCGGAGUGUCGGAGGAAAUCUCAAGAGUAAAUAUGUGUCGGGUGUCUUUUGGGUAUCUGGGAUUUGGAGUGCUCUGAUCGUAUUGUGUACCUCUGUCCAUAGGGGCUGGAUGUUGGGGCACUCCCACCAGACAUGUAUAAGUGUGCCCUCCGCUGCGGAAUAUCUCCAUUUGGGUGUAUUUUGUGAAGUUUGUGUGGGGUUAGGUACCAUCUGUACAUGAGCUUUCUGUGUGCUUCUAUGUGUGUGUAGCAUUUUGUCCAUUUAGAUAGGUCGUUUAGAACAUGUAGCCAGUCUUCGUCUGUGAGUUGGAUGGCACAGUCUAGUUCCCACAGAGUUUUGCAAUGUGGUGAUAUCUUAGGUGUAGUGUCUUCCCAUGCUUUAUAGCAUAGGGAAAUAGUUUUUGGUUUUGUGGGGUGUUUCCAGCACCUCUCUAUGAUUGUCUUUGUUGGUAAAGAUAUUUGAGCAUGGUUUGGGUAAUGAGUAUUUUUUAACUGUAAUGUGAUGUCAUGUUUUCUUAUUAAGAAGCAAGCCCAGUACACUGUACAUUAUGUGCAUAGCUUGGAUUCUUGUUUAUUUGUAAUAGUUUUUAGGUGAAUGUUGUGUGCAGACUUUCCCUUCAAAAUCAAUUAUGUUUUGUUUUUUGUUUUUUUACUAUAUCCUGCAGCCAGUUUCCAGUAAGUGUGGAAUUAUCAAGAGAACAUGCUUGGCAACUUCACAUGAGCUCUCCUGGGGGAAGGUAUUUCCAGAGCAAAUACUGUCAGGUGCAACCUAUGCAACCUCAUAGUCUGAAUAAUGACUCUGAGUUGCACUAUUUCUUAUAGGCUUCAAAGAAUAAUUAGUAUUGCUCUGCUAAGGGUGAUAUAUGUGGAAAAAGGAUGUGUUUUUUCUGACUAUCUGGAGUUAUACUUCACAAAUAAAGCAUUUUAAAAACAUAUAUUUUGAUUUAUCCUUAUAGGUUUUUAGAAAAUAAUUCUUUUCUGUGUAUAAGUUAAAUAGUUACAUUUUUCUUUUAGGGUUUUAGGUGCUAAAACCCUAAAAAUAAAAUUUACUGUACUGUACAAGCAUUUUCUUUUUAAUGUGAACUAUUGGUAUGUCUUUGCCCGAUGGAAAUACUGAUUGGUUAAAGAGACACAAUAUGCACCCAGACCACUUUGUCUCAUUGAAGUGGUCUUCGUGCAGAGCCCCUGUCCCCUUAACCAUGAUAUGAUAACUAUUAAUUAAAUUGCAGAGCUAACUCCUCCAGCCAUUAGAGGCGCUUCCUGGUGUUUCACAGAGUUUCUCAGUAAAGCAAAGUUGAGCUUCCUCACACUUCUCAUGAUGACGUCCAGCAUCUUGAAAAUCCCCAUAGGAAAGCAUUAACUUAAUGCUUUCCUAUGGUGAAUGGUAAAUGUGUACGCAGCGCUCUCCGUGCAUGCACAUUAGGUUUCCGAAACGCUGUGAGGUCAGCAGAGGAGGAGCCUGAACCAGCGACAAGGGACAUAGUCACUGGAAUUAGGUAAGUGGAAAUAACCCUUUAUUUGCUGCUGGGAGGACACCGCAUUUGCAGAGGGACAUUGUAGUGUUAGGAAUACACUUUUGUAUUUCUAAUACUAUAGUGUUCCUUUAAUCGGCUAAAGAUCAGAAACCAGUGUACAUUUAAAAGGACCUUCCACUACAGGCAGCAUUAUUCCUUUUGAAAAGGCCAGCAGACGGCGAAACAUGUCUUUGACCGGAGAAUUCCCAUUUCUAUUUAAUGUGGUUUAUUUUUUAUUUGUUUUUAUCAAAUUGAUUUAGUAAAUUGUUGUAGUUUUGCUACAUAUUCUGUGGGAUCCUUACUGCUGCUUGCUCCUCUUAAAAGAAGAGUACCCCCCUGUACUGGUACCCUGCAUUUCAUGCCAGUGUGAGUAUAAAAGGUUCUUUGCAAGGUGAAAUUCACAAGAUACUUUUGUUAUCUCACUUAAGUGUGGUUGACACUGCACCAUUGGUUUAUAUGUUUUAUUUCCCUGAGCACAUCCAAUUAGAGGAAAACUAUAGUGUGAGAAAUAUAAAACUGUAUUCUUAACACUAUAGUGUUUCUCUGCCCCCCACCCUGUGGCAAUUAAAUGGUUAAAAAAAAAAUUUCUCUUGCCUUAUUCCAGCACCAAGGUCCCUUGAAGCUGAAUUAGUCUCCACUUCCUCUGACAUCAUUGCAACAGGGAACCUAACCCCCCACACCAUAGGAUUUAAAAAAAAAAACUUGUUUAAUGUGGCAGCUGGCCAGCAAUUGCUUUUGUGGCAUAAUAGUCAUCAACUCAAACUGGUUUUGUUUUUUUGCUUUCUUUUAGAGUAACAGCAGAAAAAGAUGUGUUUUAAAGGUUGAACCUUAUGGACCUGAUUGUUUUUUUUUCAGUCUAGAUUACUAUGUACAUUAGGAAAUGUACAUUAGGAAAUCCAUGCAGGGCACCGAUAUAGCAAAAUGUGACCAAGGAGUUUAGUCCUUAGACAGUGAACUUUAGUAAACUGAAAACCAAUUUUCAAAAAGUUUAGGAACAUAUAGCUAACCUAGAAAUAUACUCAAUUAAUCUAUAAUCAGAUCUUUAUUUUACCCUACAUUUUGCCAUUUUGUUUUCAGUUCACUACAGUUUGCUGUUAAGGUGAAAAAACACAGAUUGAGUAACUAAAUGAUAAAGGAAAAAAUGGAUACUGUGGUUAGUUUGGUAUUUUUAGUACUUCUAUUUUAGAGACAUAGAAGCAGUUUUUAAUUGCUAUUUGUGAAAAAAAAUUAAGUUGGGCAAGGGUUCCAGUUUAAUAUGUGAUUUUAUAUAUAGAAAGCAAAAUAUAUACUAGGAUAUGUUGGUAUUUUUUGUAUAUGUGGACUUCUGAAAAUCUUAAUAAAAACCUAUUUUUAAAUUAAAAAAAAAACUAAUUCAAAGCAUUUGUGUCCUAUUGCAUGAACAUAUUGCAAAACUAGAGUUUACAAUUGUGUGAGCCAGCAAAGUGACUGAGUGGACAUGUGUAUGGCCGCGGCUCUAGUCUCUUUCUGAUGGAGGAGAUAGGUCCUGUGUAAAAGUUUAAGCAGUUGGCAAAAUGAAUAUAUGCCAGAUUUGAGACAUGAGCUCAGGGAUAGUUUUGCAUUGCUGCAGUUAUAAGCCACCAUCAUCAAUGAGAGUGGGUAUGUAGGAUAGUCUCUGCACAAAGUUGUUAGGGUGCUCAUCCCCCCCCCCCGAAAUUCUUUAUUGUUCAAAAUAAACAUGAAUAAAUUCUAUAUUGUUCAAAAUAAACAUGAAUAACCGGUGGGGACAGCCACUCUUGUGGUUGUACAAUGGUCCACAGUACAUGCAACAUACAUCUGAGUGUAACAUCAUUGGUACAUCCAAUCAUAAACCACAUCACUGAACAGUGUUCUCAUGUCCCUUAGGCCCCCAAUUGUAUCCUCUGUUGUCAGUUUUGCCAUUGAGGAUCGUGGUACCCUAUGGUUUUUCAUGCUUGGCCUACAUCUGUUAGGGGGUCGUGGUGUGGUCUCACUUGCGCUCUAAUGUUUGGAGUAUCUAAUGUUGAGUGGUGCUCAGGUUGGGAAGGCAUAGUUUUGGUUUACCAUGAUGUCCACUCUAGGUGAUAGUAUAAGGUAUAGGUCGCAUUGUCUGUGUGUGCUUCUGGUGAGGGAUGGGGUUAUGGUUUGGAGUUUAUUUUGGUGAGGGGCAUGCUUCUGUGUCGUGCUGCUGUCUAGGGAGCCCACGGUGCUGGUCGAUGGUUUACUUUCUAGUGUGUGCUAUCUCCAAUUGGUCCGCAGGCUCGUAGUUAGUGGUGAGGUGUCGGGUUGGGGAGGGGUUAGGAACUUUAAACAGGAAGGUGUAAUUGAGAAACUAUGUACAAUGGUCGCAGUGAGGAGCUGUGUUUCAAAGUAGGAUACAGACUCAGAGAGAGGCGUAUCAGUAGAGAGAUUAGGUGGUUAGUUAUGGUGCUCAUUUUGAAUACUGGGCAUUGAACAUAUCAGUCUGUUUGUACAAUACAUGCUUUGCAUUUAUCUUUUCAAAUUUGUAAGAGAUGUCAUUACCUACAUCUAUAUUUCCAAAACGAUAUUUAUAAAGUAAAACCGAAAGAAACAUCGUCAUAUAAAAGGAUAUAUAAAAGUAACAUAUACACAUUCAAUAGUAUUCAGUUGUUGAACAAAGAAUAAUCAAUAUAAUUUUUGCUUCUUAAGAGAUGCAAUCUGACUGGUCAGAAUGUUUUUAAUAUCUUGAAAAGACAGUAAAUAUAACUAGGUCCAAUCAAGUAUAGAAACCUUUCAGUACCGUCUUAGGCCAUCUCAAUAUUGACUGAUCAGUUGCAAGGUGGUGGUCACAGUAAAAGGCAAGCAUUUGGAAAGUAUACUUGCAUUUCCACAUACAUGCCUUUUUACUGUGACCAUAUGGUUUUACUACUUGGGGGAACCCAGUUAAGUUUACUGUCGUUGUAAGAAAAUAUAUAACAUGCAAUGUGUAAACUGUUAGCACUAGAGGGGGCCACUUAUUUAGUUACCGGAGUUGUACUGGUUGUCUUUCUUUGUCCUUAUCUUAUGAACAAGUAACUCCGUCAACUAAAAAGUCACUUGAGCAUACAGUAACUGACAAUAGAAGAUAAGCAGAGCCUGUAAGAUUCAGAUCAGAACCCAUUAAACAGUCCCAGUCUGACCUAAUGUAUCAGAACCCUGCUCUCAUGACUUCUGUAACAUGUGAUGUCAUGACAGGCAUCAACUGCUCAGGGUGACUGUGUUAAUUAACCCUUUCACAGCCUACAAGAUGUUUAAUGUGAUGCCCCAUCUAUGAACUGAACUAAAACUUGUUGAAUGCUAAAUUCUUAAUUUACCUCAACUUAUUUGCACAAUGUUUUUUUUUUUCUCUUUCCCAAAUAGUUUAAUGUUUUGCCAUUUUCAUUCACACAAGUAGUCGUAUUUCUUAAUUUAAAAAAAAGUUGACGUAAACUUCUUGCAAACCAUUAAAGCUACAAGUGGGAAUAUGUUUAUCAUACAUAUUUGAAAUCAUACAAAACAAACAAAG